GUCAUCACAAGUUGACAGGGGCUUAAACACUUUACGAGUCCCCCUAAACCAUGAGCUCAAGCUGCUCUACUCAAAUUAAGAACAUCGAUCCCCCACCCACGCCAUCACACCAACUCCAACCGGCCGCUCCAACUCCGAAGCUCACCAAAACCUCUCCAAGAACGCCAACGAACAUCCCCAUAAAUCGGUCGCGGCCACGUGACACCAAAAGAAGCUCGCUCACACCGAAGGCGAUCCAGCAGGGCUCGAGGGACCAUCAUGUCGUCGUUGCCCGAGGACGUCGACGCGGGCGGCGGCGGCGGCGGCCCGCCCGUCGCGUGGUGGAGCGCGGCCUCUCCGGCGGGAGGCGACGUCGUGCUCUCCGCCGCCGUCCUCCUCUUCCUCGCCCUCGCCUUCGCGUUCGUCGUGCACCACUACUUCACGGUCAGUCGCCGCGGCGGCGCGCGGGGCGGCGGCGGCUUCGUCACGACCGGGGUGUUGUCGAGCGCCCAGCCCGAGCGGCGCGGCACGUUAAGAGAAGGCGAUGCCGCCGUGGCCCCUCGUGGCGGCGUUGAGCCGGCGGUGCUCCGGGCGUUGCCCGUGACGGUGUACAGCAGGGCGAAGGGCCGGGGCGGCGAGGCGCUGGAGUGCGCCGUGUGCCUCGCCGAGCUCGCCGACGGCGAGGCGGCCAGGUUCCUGCCCAGGUGCGGGCACGGCUUCCACGCCGAGUGCGUCGACCUGUGGCUGCGCGGGCACUCCACCUGCCCGCUCUGCCGCGUCGACGUCGACAGGGCGGGCGCCCUGCCGCCGGCGCCAUCGUCCCUGGCCCUCCCACCGGCGCUGCCGGAGCCCGCCAACUACCCCACAAAUCUCCCGACCAACGUCCUGUUCUGGGGGUCCCUGGACACGGUGACGACGACCGGCGGCCCGAGCCCUUCCCGUGGACCACCGGCGGCGCUGGUCGUCGAGGUCCGGGACCGGGAGACAGCCGCACCGGCUGUGGCGGCGACGCCGCGAGAAGGUGACGCGGCGAAUAAGGCGCAGGGCCUGGCGAGGCUGAGCUCGCUCCGGAGGCUGUGGAGCAGAGGGAGGCAUGACGCGGCGGCUGCGAGUGCGAGCUCCAGUUCCUGCAGCCAAGCCACUGCAGGUGAUGGCACCGGCACCGCCGUUGGAAAUUUGGAAUCUUACGUAGGACUAUAG